AAAAGGGCAUAGCACAGUAUUGCAUGCAGUUUUUAUAUUACUAGGUAUGUCUUCCCUCAGGUAGCUCGCAUUCUCAGUUUGAUGAGGUUGAGUGCAAUUUAAAUCAAUCACUUAUUUUUGAUAGGUUAUUAAGUCUAAGAUUGGACUCAGGGAGGGUAAAAUGUUGUAGUCAGUGUCUGUCUUAUUUUCAGCAUGGUUAACUACAUAGUCACAGGAAUAGUUUAGCGAGCAAUAGAGGGUAGGAGCGCCAUUUGUGGGAUCCUGUCUCCCACUAAUAUUAAGCCUGUCAGUGUUUCAAUGGCCGUAUGGUCUUUUCUCUCCUCCCUUCGUGUGUGUUGCAGCAUCCGGAUAGCAAGAUGAUGCAGAUCAACCUGACAGGCUUCCUGAAUGGGAAGAAUGCCCGGGAGUUCAUGAAGGACCUGUGGCCCCUGCUGCUGAGCGCCCAGGAGAACAUUGCCGGCAUCCCCUCUGCCUUUCUGGAACAGAAGAAAGAAGAAAUUAAACUGAGACAGAUUGAACAGGAGAAGCUUUCUUCACUAAAGAAGGUUGCUGAGGAAAAGAAGGACAAAGAUUCUAGAGACAGGGCUCAGUCAAAGAGCCCAAGGAGGCGGAAGACAAGGUCACCAUCGCCUCGACGAAGGUCACCAGUGAAGCGGGAAAGAAAACGCAGCCCCUCGCGGUCCCCAAGACGCAAACCCAGUCCAGUUAGUGGCACUUCACCCCCUCCACCUCUGAUGCAGUUGCCCCUGAAGCCUUCAGAGCAACAUGCAGAGCCGGAUACAUCAGGAAGAGCAGUGCCAGACCCAGUUGUUCAGGAGGCUUCUUCCACCUGUGAACCAGUUAUUGAGGUGGUAAAAGCAGACUCGGUGACUGAAAUCAAAGAACCCUCUGAAGAAAAGUCUCAUAAGAAAGAUGAAAGGCCCAGAUCACGGGAAAGAGAGAAGGACAGCAAGAAGGAGAGACCUCACCACCGCUCCCGAUCUCAUUCCCGCUCUCGCAGACGACGCUCCCGUUCCAGGUCUUACUCCCCUCGUAGAAGGCAGAGUCCCAGGAGGAGGAUGUCUCCACGUCGAAGGAGUCCCCCCAGACGUGGCCCCACCAGCUCCAGACAUAGACAUAGGCGCUCUCCUGUGCGCAGGAGGCGCUCUCGCUCUGCUUCAUCAUCUGGCAGCAGCUCUUCAGGCUCUCGCUCACUUAAAAAAGCAAUGAAAAGAAUAUCUAGCUCACCACCCCGAAAACAGGCCCAUCAUCCUGACAACUCCGUUAGCCCUGCAAGAAGGGACAGAAGAUCACCGUCUCCACGGGCCAGAAGGAAUCCUUCUGCUUCCCCACCCAGAUCAUCUGGUUUAAAGCGAAAACAAGGGGGAAGAGAGGAUUCUCCAUCUGAUGAUGCCAAGCCUAGAUCCUCUGAAGGAUCUGAGUCAGAGGAGGAUAAAAAUGAGAAAGGGGCAACGGCAGAUUCGGUGCAGCAGCGGCGUCAGUAUCGCAGGCAGAAUCAACAGUCAUCUUCAGAUACAGGGUCUUCCUCCUCAGAAGAUGAGGGCCCCAAGAGGCCAGCAACAGGGCCAAGUGCCAAAAAUGGUGAAGUCAGGCGGAGACGUAGCCGUACGCCUUCUCCACGCAGGCGACACAGGGAUGCCUCUCCAAGAAAAAGACGCUCUCCAUCUCCUGGACGCAGACGUCGCUCCCCUUCUCCCCCACGACGUCGCAGAUCUCCUUCUCCUCCUCCUAGGCGCAGGUCCCCUUCCCCACCUCACCGUCGUAGAUCUCCAUCCCCCAGACGAUAUUCUCCCCCUAUCCAGCGUCGGUACAGCCCCUCACCCUUGCCUCCCCAGAAGAGGAAAGUGUCUCGCUCUCCCGCAAAACGCUCCUCCCCGGCUACCAAGCGACGUCCCUCCAGGUCGCCCAAGCGCAGAAGUUCUCCCGCUCAAAGGAGGCGCACACCUCCAUCCUCCUCUUCACCACUCAGACACAGGAGGAGUCCCAUGCUGCCUUCUGUCCGUCCGAGCAGGGACACACGAUCCCCUGUUGGAGCUGCCAGCCGUCUCUCCCCUGCAAAUCAUAGUCGCACUGUUAGGAGUUCCACUAGUCCGCAGGGACGUUUUGAAUCCUCCAGCACAUCUCCAUCUAACCAGAGGAGACAGCAGUCCCCUUCACACAGUGGCAAACCCAUCCGCAGAGUGUCUCGCACCCCAGAGCCACGCAACAACCAGAGACCCUCUCCUAGCCCCCAGCCUCUGAGAAGAGCAUCUCCCAGAUCUAGAUCUGUUUCCCCUCAGCCAACAGCUCAGAAACGUACAGCCCCUGCAUCUGCCUCUCCCUCACCGUCUCGCUCUGCCAGUGGGUCCCCACCUCCAGUCAAAAAGGCCAGCAGUGGUUCUGGCAGUCGGUCCCCAAGCAAGAACUCUGAUGUUGACACCAGUGGAAAGAAGAAGAAAAAGAAGAAGGAAAAGAAACACAAGAAAGAGAAGAAACAUAAGAAGCACAAGAAGCAUAAGAAGGAGAAGACUGUUGCCCCAGCAAGUGGAGAUGGGCAAGAAAACCAGGGUGUGGAACAGGAUGGAGAGCCAAGGAAGGAAUCAGAGAGCGAAGUCGACGACAGCUUGGAUGACCUUGAGAAGCACCUGAGAGAGAAGGCCCUGCGCUCCAUGAGGAAGGCCCAGAUAUCUCCAUCACAUACGCCCUGAAAACUAGGAGUUCCCCUCACUUUUGCAUUUUCCACUCACUCUUGAUGUUUGCCAUCACUCUGGUUCAGCUUUAGAAUGUACAAAUAGGCAAUUCUUGAGUCUUUUGUUUUCUUUCUACCAGUUUGGUACAUUCUGAGGUGUUUUACAUCAUCAGUGUAUUAUCUAAACUGUAAAGAUGCUUGUGUUGCCCAUACUUUUAUAUUGUUGAGCAGGGAAACAGUUUUUUUAAGUUGGCAGGUUUAAAUAUUUUCCACAGCCUACAGUAGAUUCCAUUGAGAAAUGAUUGCAUGUGCAUGAACCACUGACCUUACCUACACUAACAUACUAUUACUGUUGCCCUUUAUUAUUUCAAUCAGUGUGGCACAGCUGUAUGCAGCGUUAGAGGCCGUAACAGAAUGUCUGGUCCCAUAUUAUAAUCUAAUAAGAGAUGUUUGGCAUUGUUUGACCUGCGUUUUUUUCUGACUUUGAAAUUCUCGUUUAAAGACUACAACAAUCUAAUAUAACAGGAUGCUUUAAGUUUUUCAAAUAAUUGAUAUGCAAUUUUAUGUUGACACCCUUGCACCAAGCUACUCCACGGGACUGCAGUUUGGUUUGUAUUUAGUAACCCUGGCUCUGUCAUCUUGUCAUCCUUUCAGAAUUAAAACCUUUUUACAUGA